AUGCGGAUGAAAAAGACCUUACUUUUAUUUGAGGGAGAUUUUCUUCGUAGUCCCAUCGAUGCUGAUGAGAACAAGCCCCUAUUAAAUUCUGAUGAUGAGAAUCUCAUAUUCUCUUGUUCCAGGCUACCUACUCGCUCCAGCCAACAGUUCAACGUUAUCCGAAGGGUUUACCAGCAGGAUGCCCUAAACAAGGAUGCUAAUUACCAAGUGCCGGAUAAGCCUUGGGCAUCCAGGUGCAAAAAAGUUCUCAGCAACUGCGGCUUCGGCGAGUGCUUAAUCAACUCGUUGCCAAUAGCAAGAUGGUUACCAAGGUACAACACCAAGAGGGAUCUAGUAGGGGACUUGGUAGCGGGCGCCACCGUCGCCGUUAUGCAUAUACCUCAAGUGUUGCCAAAAAAAUUUUUUUUGUUCACUUCAGGUAUGGCGUACGCGAUGUUAGCAGAGAUUCCCCCUAUAGUUGGUCUUUACAUGGCCUUUUUCCCAGUUCUCAUAUAUGUGAUAUUUGGCACCUCGCCCCACGUGUCUAUGGGAACCUUCGCAGUCGCCUGUUUGAUGACGGGAAAGGUGGUGUUACAGCAUUCCACGCCUAUUGACGUUGUACAUGUUGCUAACUCGACUAUAUCCGAAGGACCGUCGUUAUUACCAGCCUAUACUCCAAUACAAGUCGCAAGUAUUGUCAGUCUGUCCGUGGGUAUGAUGCAAAUAGUCAUGUGGGUGCUUCGCCUGGGCGCAGUAUCCACUCUUCUAUCAGAGCCGCUGGUGUCAGGGUUCACUACGGCUGCUUCCUUCCACGUGAUGGCUUCGCAAUUAAAAGACCUCUUCGGAGUACGAUUGCCACAUCUUGGCAGCAACUAUAAAGUUAUAUUUACUGUUUUAGAAAUAUUCAAAAAUAUUCCCAACACCAACUGGGCCGCCUUCAUUAUAUCUGUGAUCACCUGCACAAUAAUUUCCCUGAACAACGAAGUGUUAAAGCCCAUAGUGAGUAAGAGAAGCCGUGUGCCAGUUCCUAUAGAGCUGUUGGCGAUCGUCAUCGGAACUUUAGCGUCGACCUUCGGAAAUCUAAAAGGCGUUUACGGAAUUUCACUUGUUGGGAAAAUUCCAACCGGUCUUCCAAAUCCCCAACAACCUCCACUGGAGCUGUUCCCAAAGAUCGCGAUUGAUGCUUUCACCAUCACUAUGGUGACGUACACCAUCACAAUGUCCAUGGCACUAAUCUUUGCCGCCAAGGAGAAGUACGAGGUGGAUGCCAACCAGGAAUUACUGGCUAUGGGUGCCAGUAAUGUUUUUGGUUCGUUCUUCAACUGCGCUCCAUUUUGUGCCAGUUUGUCGAGAUCCUACAUACAGUAUCAGGCCGGUAGUAAGACGGGUGUGACUUCAGUAGUCAGUUCGUUACUGAUAGUGUGCGUGUUGCUGUGGGUCGGUCCAUUCUUCGAGAUGCUGCCGCGUUGUGUGCUCGCAUCCAUCAUUGUAGUCUCACUCAAAGGAAUGUUCAUGCAGACACAAGAACUUGCCAAAUUUUGGAAGCUCAGCAAAUUAGAUGCCAUCGUUUGGAUUGUGACGUUCCUCAUAACAUUAUUGGUGAACAUCGACAUCGGUUUGGGAGCGGGUCUGGUUGCUAGUGUUGGUGCACUGUUCUGUCGCUCCCAGAAACCUUAUACCUGUCUGCUCGGAAGAGUUCUGGAUACUGAUCUCUAUCUGGAUAUCAAAAGAUACAGGGCUGCCGAAGAAAUCGCAGGUAUCAAGAUUUUCCACUACUGCGGCGGUCUUAACUUCGCCAGCAAGAACCUGUUCCGAUCUACGCUGUUCCGAAAAAUCGGUUAUUUUAAAGACCACGAACACUCUGAUGAUGACAGCAACAUCACCAAGAGUGACUUUGAGUGGGAGUCAAAUGUAGGAGAAAAGGUCCGCUGUGUGAUCAUAGAUGCCACAGCUCUGUCGUACGUGGACGCUCCUGGCAUUCGGAGCCUUGUGGCCGCCCAACGCGAGCUGGUUUCCAGCAAUAUCACCGUUCUACUAGCGGGGGCUAACGGACCUGUAUUAGAGAUGAUUGAAACGUACAAUUCCCUUGAGUCUGACCGCUUACAAUUGGACACGUUCCCGACUGUACACGACGCUGUGGUUUACUACAAGAUGAUAGAAGCGAAGAAGGAUGCAGCUAUCACCAUCACCACUUGA